GCGGAUCUGCCCGUUCCCUCCGCCUUUUCCUGCCUUCCCUACCUGGCCGCGGCCACGUCAGGGGCUGAGCCGCCGCCGCCGCCGCCGCCGGGUCCGGAGUCCGCUGGGCAGCACCAUGAACCCCGCGCGAGGGGGCUCCAUGCCGCCGCCCCCCAACGCCACCGCCUACUUCCCGCCGCCCCGCAUCACCCUCCCGUCGGGCUUGGAGAUCCUGCGCACCUACUCGGGGGCUUUCAUCUGCCUGGAGAUCCUGUUUGGAGCGCUCGUCUGGAUUUUAGUAGCUGCUACCAACGUUCCCUUGCCGCUCCUUCAAGGCUGGGUGAUGUUUGUGUCCGUGGCCGCCUGCUUCAGUUCCCUGGGUUUCCUCUCGGUGUUUCUCUUCAGUUACAGAGAGAGAAUCGCAAUUGACUGGAACCGUUUGGAUUUUUUUUACCACGCGGCUGUUUUUGUCUGUUAUUUUGGGACGUUUUUGUUGCAAGCCGCCACGACGUCUUUGCACGGCCAUCCGCUUAAGCAGCAUCUCAACGUCAACCUCAACACAACCACGCUUCACCCUCUUCUCAGUGAUCACGAAUAUAACUUGAGCAUAGCAGCUGCUAUUUUUGCCUUUGCAACAACUGUAUGUUACGGGUGCAGCACAACCCUCGCUUUAAGAAGAUGGAAGCUAUAGCACUAGAAGAGAGAAACAUCUCCGUAGCAUCCUGUCAGUUUCGCAUAACUGUGCAGAUGAUCAAAGGGUUAUACCACUUCUCCAUCAAAUCACAGUGGCAUUCCGGGGAAAAAAGUGUUUGGAAUGAAUUUCUAUUUUUCUAAAAUGUUGAUAUGCAGAUAUGUCCGUGUCUCAAUUAUAUUUUUCGAAAGGAAGGGAGAAUUAUUUAUUUCUCUACUAUUUCAAUUGCCUAUGUUACCGAGUGACUUUUUGCCCCGGCUACAGAUAGUAUUAUGAAGCUGAAUGAUGAAUAAGGCUCUCAUUAUCAGGCAAUUGAUUUGAUUUUUUUUUUUUUUUGGUGCUAACCAACUAGUUGGAGGAGGAAAUAAAAAUCUCCGCAGAUGUGCUGUGUAUCGUGCACCACAUGCAAAUGCAGAGAGGCAGCUAUAAAGUUAUAAAUUCUGCCAUACUUUUGGCUAAUAGUUAACUAGGUCUGCUCUCCAUAAACCAUAGCUGCAGAGCCGUCUCUUAUUUUCUAUGGGACAUGCGCCGGGCUCCCACAUGAACCUCUUCCAAAUAAAUGGAGAGUGUUCAAUAACAGCAUUUGGUGGGCUGCUUCCACCCUUGUGCCGAUCUUUGUGCGGGCAGGAUUAUGGGGUUCUGUGCUCGUCUAAAUGGAAUAUUUCUUGGAACUCUGACUUCCUGUUUUCUAAAAGUAAUUUAUGGGAGCUGCUGGCUUUUUUAUCUAUCACAUUCAUGUAAGUACCUAGCUCUGGCUUUUAAACAGCACUUUUCAUCUCUAAACCCCCAAAACAUUUUAUAGAAGAGGUAAUUAUUAUAGCCUAAAGAAAGGGAAGCAGGUAAGUAAUAUCCCCAAGGCUAUGCCAUGUUGCAGUGGCAAGCAAUGGAAGAGUAUCUUCAGAGGAGGUUUUUCUUUUAGUGAAAAGACUUGGCACGUAAAUGUUUGGGCUGAAUUUUUUUAGUCUUGACAGCUGUUUAAUUCAUGGAUCCUAUAGCACUUAAAAGAACAGAUUUAUCAGUCUGAUUUUAAUUGGACCACUCCUUCAGAGGGAAAAAAACACCAUGCCUGAGAGCAUUAUUGGAUGCUCUAGAUUCAGCCAGUCUUUGGAAGUAACUUAUUUGUGUUUUCUGAGAAGAGAGAGUUCAAUGGCAUUUCUCAUAUUAUCAUUAACUAGCUCUGUCGCCUAUACAGUCAGUUCAUAAAAUGAAUGGACAAACAGUGCUAAUGUUGGUAUGAUACGCUGACCCUCCCACCCAUACUCCUGUAUGUUCGGUUUUCAGCUGGAUUUUCCUUCAUUCUCUUCCUAACCUUGUAUUGCAGCCAUCUAGAGAUCCCGUUCCAAGUUUUGCAAGCCAAAUUUGCAAAGAACAUUCUACCAGUGCCAAUGUGUUCAUCAAAACUUGUUUUAUAAUGUAUAUUUUAGACUUCUGCACUUAACUAGAAUCAACUUGUUACUCUAUGCCUGCUGCUGCUUCAGUUAGCCAUUCUUGUUCUAGCAAAUUGUAUUUAUAUUGCAGAGUACCUCUAAUGCACUUACGGUCUGAAUGCGAACGUGUAUAUUUUGGGUUGACGCGAUUGUACAGUUUCUCUUGAAGUGUUUGCACUAUUUCGUCUUAUUCGGGGGUGCAAAUUCUUAUACUUAAAUGCUCACCAAUCUCUAUUGUGUUUGUAGUUUCCACUAAUGCCAAUUUGUGAAACCUCAUGUGAAUGGAAUAUGACAGCAUGUGUCUGACCUACAGUCGAGUUGUGAUAUUUUGUCGCAUUGUCAAACCAAAUCAGAGGUAUGAUUGGAAACACACUGCAUGCAGUUGGAGGAGUUGGGUAGCUCUGAAAAGGAGGCAGACUGGAUCAGGCUUUUGAAAAGGGAGGCUGCACAACAAGGUGUGUGUGUGUGUGUGUGGGUGUGUGUGGGUGUGGGUGUGGGUGUGUGGGUGUGGGUGUGGGUGUGGGUGUGGGUGGUGCCCUCAAGCCAUAGCUGACUUAUGGGGACCCCUGGAACGGUUUUCAUGGCAAGAGACUAUCAGAGGUGGUUUGCCAUUGCUUGGCUCUGCAACCCUGGUCUUCAUUGGAGGUCUCCCAUCCAAUUACUUAGAUGCCUAGCAAGCAAAGCAACUUAACAGAAAACUUCCACACUCGGGAGAAAGCGUCUAUUUGCAUGGAGUUUUUAAUGCGAAGGAGCCGCUGAAGAUGAAUCCACCACAUGGUUCUGAAGUACUGGCACUUCAACACUGAACGGCCUCAUUUCUCCUGACAUUUCCAUUGGGGUGGGGGAUUGCCAGCUCUCAUCUGAUGGCAAGCAGGGAUGCUAUUCAAAAUAACUGAAAGAAAAUGUAUCUAAGCUCAGCAAGAAGGAGAGGCUCUUGGUACAUGAUUUUUGACAGCCUAGCAAGAGGCAUUAGGAGAAGUGUUUCCUCUUUGGUGCCAUGAAGAUAGUUUCAGGUGGGUAGCCAUGGCGGUCUGCAGUAGAAUGGCAAGAUUCAAGUCCAUUGGCACCUUAAAGGCCAGCAGGAUUUUCAGGGUAUAAGCUUUCAAGAGUCAAACCUGCCUUUGUAAGAUCGAAUGAAGAGAAUGUUGACGCUUGAAAGCUUAUACCCUGAAAACAUGGUUGGCCGUUAAGGUGCCAAUGGACUCAAAGCUUCCUCUUCAGUGCCACAAGAAGGGUGGGACUGAGUGAGUUGCUAAAAACACAAGCCUCUUUUCAUAAUCAUGCUUCUUUAAUAUUUGUGAUAAUGGGACCUGGUGCCAUUAAGACAAGAAAGCUGAGAUAUAAAGAGGGGGGGGGGGUUGCUCCAGUUGCCUACCCAACUUACUGCUCUACCCUUCAAGCUGUGAGACACACACACUCUUAAAUACCACCAUAACAAACAGGCCACCUUGGGCUUGAAUUUCCUGAGCAUUGAUUUUCUUGGUUUGUAUAUUUGUUUUCCUAUGUGAUUAUUUAAAAAUUUAAAAAAAAACCCUUGUAAAGCGCUAUGUAGGAAAAAUGCCAAGCCCUAAUUUAUGCUUUGCGUUGCGUAAAGUGAUGUUCUACAAGCUUCUCCUCCAGGACAAAUGUGUGUUUUUUGAAGCAUUAAAGUGAAGAAAAAAAUG